AUGGAAAAGUGGCUCACGGAGCUAUUCCCAGCUUUUCCUAGCACAGGCAGUGCCUGCGUUUCUGACCAUCCUUGUUUUCAGAACGUGCUGGCCCCAGCUCACCGCAGCAUCUUAACUUUAGAGAUGCUCUUGUUGCUUGCAGGACCCUCCCUGCCGGGGCCGUCACCGAUGGACUGUGGACACUUAGCAGAGAGCAGCGAGGAGAUCUGCAGCCCGGGCUCGGAGCCCGAUUCCCUGCAGCCUUGCUCUGCCGGCAGCAAUUCCUGCGUGCCCUUGGCGGCCGGGCCGCGGGCCGGGGCCGCUCCCGCUGCCGCUCCCGCUCCUGUUCCCGCUCCCGUUCCCGUUCCCGCUCCGGGCCGCCCCGCCGCCGCCAACGCCGCCCGGGAGCGCAGCCGGGUGCAGACCCUGCGCCACGCUUUUCUGGAGCUGCAGAAAACUCUGCCCUCCGUGCCGCCCGACACCAAGCUCUCCAAGCUGGAUGUGCUCCUCCUGGCCACCACCUACAUCGCACACCUCACCCGCAGCCUUCAGGAUGAGGAGGAGACACCGGGAGAGGGUUUGGGCACUCUCCGAGGGGAUGGAUACCUGCACCCUGUCAAGAAGUGGCCCAUGCGUUCCAGGUUGUACAUUGGAGCCACGGGACAGUUUCUGACUCACUCAGCACAAGGAGACAGCGCAAACCAUGGGGAAACAUCAACAUCUUCACAGAUCUAA